UCAUCGAUAGGAUCCCAGUGUCGGUCGCUCAUGCAGUCACUACUAUUAUAACGGGUGAGCAGUCCUCCUUUCACACCGGACCGGCAAAUACUUUCAUCGAUGCUAGUUUUUUGGCUUUACUCGCCUUUUGCCUUUUACCUAUCCAGUUUUAUUUUCUUUCCUUUCUUAUUGCGUGAAAGACCGCGCUACUCUCACUGAAGCUGUUCACAACGUGAAUCUUUCAAUCCUAUCGUGGGUACAUGAAGCUCCUCAAACCGUCGCAUAUUCUCCAUAAAUUUAUCUUAUAAAAUGGAGCAACAAGACACGCGUACAAAGUUGGCUAUAGAACUAGCCCACUGCUAACCGCUACUUCUACCGCGCAAAAAAAAAAAAUUAUAGAUCAAGUCCAAGGCGCUUAAUAUAGCACGCGUUUACUUAAAUCGGAGCAAGCCGACACGUUUGACUUCCGCUCAAGAAUCCCAUGACAAGUGACAUCGCGAAAUAGGACAAAACGGAAGAAAGAGAAGCCGGAGUAGGAAAGGAAAUCACUUUCAUCGCUGGCUCAAUCGCGAUGGGCGUUCACCACGCUCACUCGGUCCGCCUUAGCCAGCGAAUCGCGCGGUGCAUUCCGUCAACGUUUCUCGAGGAAGAGCGACCAACGAUCUGCUCCCUCCGCGUAUGAAUCUCGAUCGCCCUAUAGAGAAAUCUACAUCCACGUCGCUCCGGUCUGUAUGCAUUCCAUCGUUGACAUUCGAAAUGGAUGCCUUUUGGGGAGGUCGAAUGAUUACCCAGGUGCAUCGUUAGUACCACUCGGACUCACCCCACGGAUGCACUCUGAUAACGGGGACCAGAAUCGUUGGAACAGAUUGCAUCUAUCGCAGGUAGAUGCUCUACAAAUGGAUACGAGUUACAAGUCCAGUAAGCAGAGAUUUGCAAGCUUUAAAGAGCGAAACCUCGACUGUGUCCAAGCAAGAAGGGGAUGCAUAGCACGUGGCAUUCAAUUUUUCAAUGCUAGCUUCACCGUGACAUCGAAAGUCUGUGGUGGUCUAAGAUGUCCAGGAGCAUGUCGGUGUCGCGUUUCGUCGCAUGGACGUAUUUCCUAUACGCUAGUGUAAGAUACGAAUGCGAGCAUGCAGGUCCGGUUUUCAGGAGAGAUCAUCGUCUUGGAAGGGAGAGGGAGAAAGCGUAUAAGAAGGAGCGGUCCAUCGUCAACGACCCGCAGUAUCCCCAUCCGUUUCUUCAUCUCCACUGUCCUCAUCGAGUGGCCAGAAAAUGACCUUUUGGCCUCAUGUGCUCGUAGUAUGCUUGACUGCAAAGUCAGCGUUGGCCAGUAUCGAAUCAGGCGAUUAUGGAGGCUGGCAAGGGUAAGGGAUCGCUCGAUGUUCCUAGGGAUUAAAUUAUUUUCCCAAUAUGUAAUUGGUUCCUUGUGUAACAGGGUGUCCGGGGGUGGUAGUAGCUACGGAGGAGGACACGGCGUGGAAUUGGGACAUUUGUCGGGAGGUAUUCACGAUAGCUUGUCUAAUUAUGGCUCCUACGGCUACGGAGGUGGAGGAAUCGAUCACGGAUUACACGGAGGACACGUCCAACACCAUUACGCAGCUGCUGUACCAGUCAGCGAGCACGUCGAAAUCACUAAGCCUGUCCCGAUACCUGUAAUCAAAAAUAUUGGAGUACCUGUCGCCCAACCUGUGGCGAUACCAGUGCCACAUCCGGUGGCUGUAGGCGUACCACAGCCUUAUCCAGUUCACGUGCCCGUGGCAAAGCCAGUGCUGAUCCCUGUAGUAAAGACCAUUGCGGUUCCAGUCGAGAAGAAGGUUCCGUUUCCCGUGGAGAAGGUGAUCCCAGUACCAGUGGAGAAGCCCGUGCCCAUUACGGUGGAGAAGCACAUACCUGUGCCCGUGGAGAAGCCCUACCCCAUCCACAUACCUGUUUACAAGCACGUGUUCCACCGAGUAAAGUCUCACGGGCACGGAUGGCAUUAAACAACUCCGCGACGCGGAGAUGUAUUCCUACCGAUACGCGUCUGCAUGAAGGAUAAGAACGCAUGUUUCCCAUGUUCGUCUUGUGACACACGCAAUAGGAUUCAAGUUCGCUUUCCUAAGAGACCACGAGGCUGAGUAUCGUCCAGCGAAU